AUGGAAAACUACAACCACAAGAAAUUCACAGGAGCCCUGAAGCGGAAGCGGUGCCAGGAAGAGGAGUCCGACGACGAUGUCGUCUUCAUUAUGGAGCAGUGCGGCCAUCGAACCCCUGAGCAGCCGCAGCCCAAGCGCCGCUUCUUCCGGCCCUGGCUGGACGAGUCGUUGGCCCAGGAACAGGAACCCCAGCCGACACGGACCCGACAAUCCCAUCCCGGUAGCCCGGCUAGCCCACCCUUGGUGGAUGCCACCUCGACGUACCACGCCAACAUGGUGCGCUCUCACACUCCCCGGCAGCGCAGUCCCCAGGAGCAGCUGCGUCGGGACCGCAACACCUUGGCCAGUCUUCGCCACAGACGCUCCAAGCAGCAGGAACAGGCUCUCAUGGAGCAGCAGUACUUCGAGUACCGGCGACAGCACGAGGCCAAUCUGCAGCAACAGGUCCGGCUAAGCCUCUACUACGUGAGGUUCCUGCAGCAGACCAUGGCCGCCACCAGAGAACCUCUGCAGGCUUCCAGCCAUCAGCAGAUGCCUAAAGCCCAGACAACGACUCAGCAUUCUUGGGGAGUCCAUAACUAA